GUGUGUGUGCGAGAGAGUGAGAGAAAGAGAGAGAGAUACUUUUUUUCUGAACGCCUGAGGAAUUUAGUCAACAGCUUAGGCUGACUGGGUACCGAUUGUAGCUGUGCAGCGCACAGAUCGUGCAUGUGAGUGAGAGACCGUGCUCACAGGCACUCCAUCAUCAGCUAUACCCUGCAGCCUCUCUCACUCUCCUUAUCCUCCUCCUGAAAAGAGAGAGAUAGAAUCACGCAACACGCCAGGGAGAAGACGACAAGGAGUGUAGGAGAGAAAAAAAUCUGCAGAGGCAAAGACUCUCUCCUCUCUGCACUGCUCUUUUUCUGAGCGUGAGAAGAUAGAGAAGAGGGAGAGACUGGACGGCAGUGAGCCGCAGAAAUAAAAAAAGUGCUUCUUGUCAUUCGUGCUGCUUUCCCUGCCGUGGCUCCAACCCACAGAGCUCUGGUUGUCAGCCAGCGAGGAGCGGAGUGCUAGAACAGUAGCAGUGUCUCUCUCUCUCCACAGACAGCAGCCUGAGGAAGAGAGGAUGCUAAACAACUUGACAGACACCGAGGAGGGAGAGGGGGGACCCAACAGCCAGGGUGAGGGGAACCCCAAGGAGAGCAGUCCUUUCAUCAACAGCAGCAGUGCCAGCGACGUAGAGAAGAGCCAGCAGUACGAUGGCAAGAACAUGGCCCUGUUUGAGGAAGAGAUGGACAACAGUCCCAUGGUGGCAUCCAUACUCAGCAGUCUGGCCAACUACUCCAACCUGCCUCAGGGCAGCAAAGAGCACGAGGAGGCCGAAAACGAGGAGGGGGCGGCUCCAUCCAAAAAAAAGCCUGCUGUCAAGGCACCAUCGCUGGGCACUCUGAUGGGGGUGUACCUGCCCUGCAUCCAGAAUAUUUUUGGUGUGAUCUUGUUCCUGCGGAUGACCUGGAUGGUGGGCAUCGGAGGGGUCUUUGGCUCCUUCAUCAUCGUCUUCAUGUGCUGCUCCACGACCAUGCUGACAGCUAUCUCCAUGAGUGCCAUCGCAACAAAUGGAGUGGUGCCAGCCGGAGGCUCAUACUACAUGAUCUCCCGUUCCCUUGGCCCUGAGUUUGGCGGAGCUGUCGGAAUCUGCUUUUAUCUGGGGACUACUUUUGCAGGUGCAAUGUACAUCCUUGGUGCCAUCGAACUUCUGCUGAUUUACAUCCUCCCCCAGGCAGCCAUUUUUAAGAUGGAGGGUCUGGAGGGGGCUGAUAUGGAGGCAGCGAUGCUGAACAACAUGCGUGUAUACGGCACCAUUGUGCUCAGUUUCAUGGCCACGGUGGUGUUUGUGGGGGUGAAAUAUGUCAACAAGCUGGCUCUGGUCUUCCUGGCCUGCGUCAUUCUGUCCAUCCUGGCUGUCUAUGCUGGGGUCAUCAAGACGGCCUUUGAACCCCCUGUUUUCCCCGUGUGUAUCCUGGGGAACCGCACUCUGAUCUCCAAGGGAUUUGACGUUUGUGCCAAGGUCAUUGAGCGGGACAACGGCACGGUCACCACCAAACUGUGGAAGAUUUUCUGUGACUCCGAGUUCCUCAAUGCUACCUGUGACGAAUACUUUGCCAACAACAAUGUUUCUGAGAUCCAGGGCAUCCCAGGGGUCAGCAGUGGUAUACUGGCUGAGAACCUGUUUGGUUACUACCUGGAGAAGGGAGAUUUCUUGGAGAAGCGGGGGAUCUCUGCCAUGCAGGAUCCUGACGCUCUCAUCACCAACUCCAACCGUUACGUCCUGGCUGACAUCACCAGCUUCUUCACCCUGCUGGUGGGGAUCUACUUCCCCUCUGUCACAGGCAUCAUGGCUGGCUCCAACCGCUCUGGAGACCUGCGUGAUGCCCAGAAGUCCAUCCCCAUAGGCACCAUAGCAGCCAUCACCACUACUUCUAUAGUGUACAUGUCUGCCGUGGUCCUGUUUGGGGCCUGUAUUGAAGGGGUGGUCCUGAGGGACAAGUUUGGUGAGGGGGUGAACGGUAACCUUGUGAUUGGUACGUUGGCUUGGCCAUCACCAUGGGUCAUCGUGAUUGGAUCCUUCUUCUCCACCUGUGGGGCGGGGCUUCAGAGUUUGACUGGAGCGCCACGCCUCCUGCAGGCCAUUUCUCGCGAUAGCGUCAUCCCUUUCCUUAAAGUGUUUGGGCAUGGCAAGGCCAAUGGAGAGCCUACCUGGGCCCUGCUUCUCACAGCCAGUAUCUGUGAGAUUGGCAUAAUCAUCGCUUCUCUGGACGCUGUUGCCCCCAUCCUCUCCAUGUUCUUCUUGAUGUGCUACAUGUUUGUCAACCUGGCCUGUGCCCUGCAGACUCUGCUGAGAACCCCCAACUGGAGGCCUCGCUUCAAGUUCUACCACUGGGCUCUCUCCUUCCUGGGCAUGAGCUUGUGUCUGUCACUCAUGUUCAUCUGUUCCUGGUACUACGCCAUUGUUGCCAUGGUGAUCGCUACCUGCAUCUACAAAUACAUUGAGUUCGCUGGGGCGGAGAAGGAGUGGGGAGAUGGUAUACGUGGCAUCUCGCUCAGCGCUGCUCGCUUCGCCCUCAUGAGGCUGGAGGAGGGACCGCCUCACACCAAGAACUGGAGGCCUCAGAUCAUGGUGCUGGUGAGUGUGGAUGCAGAACAGAAUGUGGAGCAGCCCCGUCUGCUGUCCCUGACCAAUCAGCUGAAAGCAGGAAAAGGCCUGACCAUCGUGGGUACCUCGGUGGUGGGCACAUUCCUCAACAACCAUGCAGAGGCCCAGAAGACAGACCAGUCUCUGAGGAAGCUGAUGGAGACAGAGAAGGUGAAGGGUUUCUCCCAGGUGGUGAUCUCCUCCAACCUGAGGGAUGGAACCUCCCACCUGAUCCAGGUCGGUGGGCUGGGAGGCUUGAAGCACAACACUGUGCUGGUCAGCUGGCCACGCACCUGGAAACAGGCUGAGGACAACCUGCGCUUCAGGAACUUCAUCGAGGUGGUUAGGGAGACGACUGCAGCCAGCAUGGCCCUGCUGGUCCCUAAGAACAUCGCUGCCUACCCGUCCAACGGGGAGCGCUUCACUGAAGGCCACAUUGAUGUGUGGUGGAUCGUCCAUGAUGGAGGCAUGCUGAUGCUGCUGCCUUUCCUUCUGCGCCAGCACAAGGUGUGGAGGAAGUGUAAGAUGCGCAUCUUCACAGUGGCCCAGAUGGACGACAACAGCAUCCAGAUGAAGAAAGACCUGAUCACCUUCCUGUAUCACCUGCGUAUCGAUGCCGAGGUCGAGGUGGUGGAAAUGCAUGACAGUGACAUCUCAGCCUAUACAUAUGAGAAGACUUUAGUGAUGGAGCAACGCUCACAGAUCCUCAAACAGAUGCACCUCACCAAAAACGAGAUGGAGAGAGAGAUCCAGAGCAUCACUGAUUCAUCCCGUGGUUCUAUCCGUCGUAAGAACCCGUCUAACCUGCGGUCUCAGCAGAGCAGUGAGGAGCCGGCUGGAGUCAGCGUGGAAGAGAAACCGGAGGAGGAGUCUGUGGCUGUCUCCCGCCCUAAACAGGUGCAGCUGAUCCACAAUAAGAACGCUACCCCCACCAGCCCCACGUCCCCCAUCACACCUGCAGGGGGAGUUGCCACCCCCGGGUCGGAGGUGCAGAUGACCUGGACAGACAAGGCUGAGCACCAGGCCGCAGCAGCCCACCCAGAGCAGGGCGGGGUCAAAGACAUCUUCAACAUGAAGCCGGAGUGGGAGAGCCUGAACCAGUCCAACGUGAGGCGCAUGCACACAGCUCUGAGGCUCAACGAGGUCAUCAUGAAGAAGUCCAAGGAUGCCAAGCUGGUUCUGCUGAACAUGCCCGGACCACCCAAGAACCGCAUGGGAGAGGAAAACUAUAUGGAGUUCCUGGAGGUCCUCACUGAGGGCCUCAACCGGGUCCUCCUAGUACGUGGGGGUGGACGCGAGGUCAUCACCAUCUAUUCCUGAGAAAACAACCUCAAAUCAAAACAACACCCCCUCACCACCCACUCACCUAGCAUCUUAAUGGUUUAUGGCCCGUGCUUCCAUUGACCCUACACUUCUACUCCAGUCACAUCCCUCACAUCCCACCAACACCCCUCCACACACACACACACACACUCACACACACACACACACUCAUAACAUAUCAGCUCACUUUGCACAAAAUAGUUAGUAUCAUCCCCUUGAGCCCCCUAAAGGCACUGGCUAAAUUCUAAUUGAAUAUCAGUCACCCCUACCAGCAUUAUGUCUGCUCCUUUCAUCAUCUAGAAAGCUGUGGCAUCAACCUGUUUAGGUUCUUCUAUGGCUAUCAGAUCACUAGAUGUCAAAUGGCACAUGAGUUUCUUCUUAUACUGAGGAGUGGACAUAUCCCAAAGACAAAUUAUUCCCCAAACUAAACGUAAUUUCUGUUUGGUAGACCAGACGUUUUUGUUCUGUUAGUCCUUGUGUUUUACUUGACCUGUCUGUCAAUAUUGUUGCUUUUCUUCUUCUUUUUGUAGGUAUGUGGGUUACUUGCAAGAGAGGGAUGGAUAUCGUUUCAUUGCUCGUCUAUUUUAUUUUUACUUGUAUUAUUAAUCUGUUAAUUUAUUUAGAGGAUACACAUAUCUUUUUAUCUUUUUGUUGUUGUGCAUUUGUUUUUUUAUGUAAUGUACGAUAUGAUGUGUUGAAGGCAUUGAGGGAAGGGGAUGGGUCGAGAAUUCAUCAAUCAUCAUCGACGUGUCUUCCAAUGGAUUGUCACCUUGGGGACAAGGUCAGUUGAGGACUCCUGAGCAGCAGCCCAGUCUAUAUCAAUCUGAAGGAAGGAAGGAAGGAUAACUGCAUGCAUAGGCACAGCACACAGUGACAUGUGUGGAGGAGACAGGCAAACUGCUACCAGGAUGCUGUUGUCAGGGUUGAGGUCAUCUUCAUACCAGUCAGUUUACGGACUGACUGAAUUCUGAUGGAGUUGGUGUUGACCCCCAAGUUGAUUCCUGUAAAUAGUGUGAUUUGUCCGAUCAUUUAAUGCAUAUUAGCACCAGCUGUACCUGAUGCUCCUCUUGAUCAGGGCCUAGUGCUGACAAGACUUUUAGGUGGCAUAAACUAUUGUUAAUACAGUUAUACAACUGUAAAGAGAAACCCUGAAAUAUUGAUAUAAAGUAGAUAUGGAUGUCAAGAAACUACUGUGUUAUAAUCUAAAACAGAAUUCCAUGUGUUUGAUACAGUCAUAACAAAUGGCAACAAUUUGAAUAUAUUACAAUGUAGUCUACAUUAGAAAAUGUAAAUUGCUAAUAUAGAGACACUCAGAAAUAUAUAAUGUUUGUGAACAUUGAUAUAUUUUAGUAUUUUAGUAAAUACAUCUGUUUCUCUUUAUCAUCAUUUGGUUUACACUAAUUCCAGUCUAGAAAUGUGAAUUCUACAAUUCUUGCCAAAUACAAAUAUACAAAUUGUGCCAUAGGAAAAUAAAUACCUUUUUGAUACAAACCUCUUUUUAGUACAAAGGCAAAACUGUGUGGUGAAUGAACAAACUAUGCUUUAGCUGAAAAUUAGCAGUGAAAUACAACUAUUUUGAAUGGAUAGUUUUGAACCCAUCAUCACUGCAAAUCUUCACAACCUUGUACUAGGAUGGAAAGAAACAAUUUAUUUUCAAUGUGGCACAGCCAUUUAUUUGCUAAAUAUAAUAUGACUGUGAAUCCCUACCUUCUGCAUAUUUACAAGGGCAUGUCUAAAGAAUCAACCCUGGAAUAAUACAUUAAUCAUAUUAAUUAUUUUUGUAAGCAAAUAUUAUAUAGAUAUAUGUACAUACAGUUAGUUUCUGUGCAAUGGAUGGCACUGUUCAACACAUGAUAGAAACAUAGGAUAUAUAAUAUACAUUCUAUCUAAAUAAAUAACAAAAUAAUGUUUUGUAUGAUAUUGUUUCAAAAUAAAAUUAAUUUAAUUUAUUGAAUAGUUUACGUAAAAACAAGAUAUUUUGUGUGUGAUGUGCACUGUAUUUUGUGAAGCAUAUUGUUUAUCUAACAUAUUAUGACAUAUUAUAGAUGUUCUAACAUUUUUAAAAGCUGCUAUUCUGAUUAAUGUGUAAAUAUUGAACCAAAAACUAAAAUGCAAAGAAAUCUAUAUAUCAGAUUGGGGAGUAGGAAGGGUAUACAGGGUGUGAGUUACUUGAGUGGCAAGGCAAGGAUGUUUGACACUAGUCAGUGGUUUUCAACACUGUCUUUGAGGUUCAACAGUCAGCUACAAUUUGCUCCAACAAAUCACAUAGUUCAUGAAGUUGUUAACUGACUAUUGAUGUGGACAUGAUGCAGUUUUCUUUGUGAAAAAAGAUUAAAGAAAUCAUAGCUGACAUUAGUCAACCAACAUCUCCACUGAGCAUUAUUUAGUUGGAGCAAAUGUAGCCUACUGGACCAACAUUGACAUCUAAUGCUCAAUAUCAAGUUUAGAUUCAUGCCACAAAACUAUACAGGUCUAUGGGCAGAUAAAAAUAUAUAGAAUCCUUCAUGGAGUUUAUUUGAGAUAUUAUUAAAUAUUCAGUUGUUUCCCAAAUUGAUUUUAAAGUAUGCUGAAAUCAGUGAGGGGACAGACCUAUUUUUAACUGGUCCCAUAGAUCCCAGUAAGACACUCCGGUUUUGUUGACAGCUCUUAGCUGAGGGAGAGGUGAUAAAGUCUGGGGUCUGUCUAUUAGAUAGUGGUAAAUAGUUAUCCUCAGUCAGCACACUUAUUACGUGUCACACAAAUACUACCUACAAUCAAAAUAAUAUAAUAUUGGAAAUAUUUAACUAUACAGUCUAUAUAAGUAUUGAAGUAAAAUAAAAAAUACUAUAUCGUAUAUACAGUAACUGGACAUUUGAAUAUGAUAUGACUUGUUUCAAAGUUGAUGGUUGAACAUUUAUUUAUAUUCCUGUUUGCAUGGUGUUUGUAACAGUAGUUUCAUAUGGUAUCCUUUUAGACAGGAGUUGGUUAGUUGUCAUGGAGGACAAGACACUUAGCACACAGUUUUGUUGCUUUUAUUCUCACUCAACUGUUUUUAUUUGGAUAAAUUAAUGCAUAAAGUAAAUUGUCCAAAGUUAAUAUUUUGAGAUCAAAAUAGGUAAUUGAUUAGUCUCAGAUAUCCCAGACCUAGGGCAACAGCUGGAACAUUGUUUACAUUGUGGGAGGCAACCUGUCUGCCUAAGGAGACUAGUAAUUGAUUAAAUAUGUUUGGCCUCAGUCAUCAUUUAACUACAGAGAACAUGAAAAGAUAUGGAGAUUUGGAACUGUGGAAUAUGAUUUUAGUGUUAACUCUGGUAUAUAUGCAAUACAAACCUACUGUAAACCUAAAACAUAAGACAUUUCUUGGACAUAUAUAUUUAUUGGACAUGGAAAUUAUGUCAGAAUAGCAGUUCAGCUGUUUCCAUCCCCAUAUCAACGGUUUGACAUGGAUGAAAUCCUUGGGAGUACACUAAUGAGCCUACUGUUAUUGCAUGAGGCUGAUGUUUAAAUAGCUGCAAUCUUCUGAAUCAAGUAGAUCCAUCAAUUGUUGUGUGUGGAGUUAUUGGGUACAUGAGAUAGCGAGUGUUAGAGCCAUAUAACUAUAGAGCUUAAAUAUCUAUGGUUGGAAAAUGACUGUGUGUUGGUACACAGAUGUAUGUUGUGCAGAUCAUGUGUAUGUUUAGCCCAAAGCAUGGCUCUUAGAUAUGUGGUUUCUAAAGACACAUACGAUUUCCCCUAUAACCUACCAAUCUACUGAUCCACCAGCAGUGUGACUGUAGUUAUUAAUAUUAUCAAAGACAACAAAACCAGGGCUUCCACCAUUGGCAGAGGUCAGAGAGACCUUUACAGAAUGGUAUCAUAUUCACGUUUGAUGAAUCCAUCUCUAGAAGUGAGAGGGAUGUCAGUGACAGAAUUGCUGCAGUAAAGCUGCCAUCCUUCAGGUGUUUCCCAAGUAUCAUGUCCCAAUAUACAUUAGAAUCCUUCUCUACAGCAAAAAAAGAUGUCAGAUAAUUUACAUUUUUCAACAGGGUAUGAAAAGGGCUCUUGAAUCCAUGUAUUCUUACCCUGUUACAUUGGACCUUGCCUUGCGCUGACUACAUUGAAACUAUGAGAUAUGAAAGUGUUAAUCAGGAAUGCACUUCUGUUUACCACACUGUAAAAUAACUUGAAUAAACUCAGCCAAUUUAAUUAGACCACCGCUUAAUUAAUGUAGAAUUCAACAUGUUAUAUUGCUGAGAGGCUAUUUGUGUCAGUCCAAAGCAGGUACAGGCAUUUCACUGUGAUAGUUCUAUCGCAUAUGUGCACAGUGUGAAUAAUUGUGAUUUGUUCAAUGCAUGCAAGUAAUGUACACCGAGUGUACAAAACAUUAAGAAUACCUUCCUAAUAUUGAGUUGCAACCCCCCCCGGACCAUGUUGACAUCAA